UAGUCUCGACUCACAAAAACAGAAGCAGCUGUAACUAGCAAAGUUUAGGUUAAAGUUUUCUCCGUUGAACGCGGCAAGAUUAUAAUAAACCUAAACAUAUUAACGAACGUUGAAUCCCCUGGAAUUUAUAGGAGGAUCAUGAUAGAAAGAUAUCUACGUAACUGAUGAAAAUCACGGUUAUUCGACAUGCUUGCCAGUUAACAUCCAGUCGACGUCUGAGGUCCUGUAGCUAUGGGGACACAGUUCACAAUUGAUGAUGCAUUCGUCCUGGAUGGGGAGGAGGUGGAAGUUGUGGUGCCUGGAGAGAAUGUGGAUGAGUGGAAGGGGAGAGAGAAAGAUGGCGGUGCAGAGAUGACGUUUGGACCGCUCUCUUUUACCAAAACACAAUGUCAUCCUUCUGGUUCCGCUGGUACUCCUGAACACAGUAAUCUGAAAUAUCAGAACCUGGAAAAUGAAGAUGGUUUAGGUGGCACUGUGAACUCUUCUUUCAAUAACUUCUUCAAAAUCAGUGAUCCUGCUACUUUGUCCUACUGCAGCUCUCAGUGGUCAUUCAGCACACUCAGCUCAGUCACUCAGCUGUCUGCCCAUUGCUGCGGGUGGACUUCUCACCCGCUAGUGAAGAAGAACAGACGAGUCAUUCUUGCCUCAUUCCUCCUCUUAAUCACUGGAGUUGCUCUGAUCUUUACAGGCAUUGUCAUACAGUUAAACCCACACGCAGGUGUUUCAAGUGCAAUUUUCUUUGUUCCAGGAUUUCUUCUCUUCAUUCCUGGUGUAUAUCAUGUGAUCUAUAUAAGCUGUGCAGUUAGGGGGCGAAGAGGAUUCAAGUUGUUCUAUUUGCCAUACUUUGAGAAGUAAACCAUUUGUCUGUACAUCAUCCAGACUGGUGAUCUGGAUUGUCUCUGCCCACCAUUUCAUGUGCUCUAAAAUAUAUUUAGUUACAAAACCCCAAAAAAUGAAGUAUGGGAAAGAUAAUUUUUACAAUCUCACUUUCUAUGGUUUUCUAAACAAUUUAACAGCCAAUCUAUACCUACAUCUAAGCAUAACCUCAUCUGCAAAUAAAACUAACAGCAGAGUUUAAACUUUGAUUUAGAAUGUCAAGAGCUACAAUAUACAAUUGUACUUCAAUAUUAGAAAGCACAGGCUCUGUCCAUACGAUUUUAGAGGUUGUUUGCUCAAGACUGUAUAUUGAUAGACACAAUUUAUUUUAGCUGUACUACACUGUAUUGUAUGUUCUCAAUUCAGUGAAACAUGUCUGAAUCAGUACUUGGAGUUCAAAAAGGAGCCUUGUAAUAAGCCUGUGUUACAUAUGUAAAAUGUUCUUUUAUAAAUAGUGCACCAUUAAUAACAUGAAAUUGUACACCACCGACCUUGUAAAAGUGCAGGGAAAAAACUCAGACAAAACAAAUGAGUCAAAAGAAUGAAAAUAUAAACUGAGAAAACCAAUACAAUGUGCCAUUUAGGUCACCACAUGCACACAUACGGCCCACAUUUUAAAACAUUUUAAACACCUUCUCUCUUGUACAAUCAUGUUACAUGCGUCAACCAAAGUGAUUUGUAUUGCCACUGUGCGUCAUUCAUCAUUUUAUCUUGUACCACUACUUACACUUUGAACCACUGUUUUAGUGUACAUCCAACAAUUGAGUGUUAAGAUUUUUUUCUUGUGUGAUUAUGUACAUUUGUAAUAAUGUUGACACUACAAUAAAACUUGUUUUAUAUUUACUUUUAAACCUCAGUGCUGCAUUUGUUCAUUAUCCACAUUGGUGACACAUACGGUGUACAAGCACUUCUGAAAUACUUGUACAAUCUGUUACAUCAAACAAGAUCCUUUCAGAACACAAAUGAAAACUGACAAGUUAACAAAUGAUUGUAAUUAGUUGAGUAUUUCUAUUUAAGUAUUUCCAGUCCUAUUGAUAUUAGAGAACUGAUCCCAAAGUAGCAGUAAAAAUAUCACUAUGACCGCAUUUACAUGCACAUUCUUGCACCGGUUAUCCUUGAUUAGCUUAUCAGUGUUAGAUGGUAAAUUACGUAAAAAUAAACCGAUCGACUGGAAUUGUAGAUAUUUGCCAUUACCCAGAUUUCGUAUUUAAUGUAAACAACUUUACCGGGGUUUUUACUGGCCUAUCCAAUGUCUGCAAGAGUUGCACACAUGCCUUUUCACAGCAUGAUGUCAAAAGCAGAGAAUAAAUAUUUAAAAUCUUGUGUAAUCGAGGCUUCCUUGCUUUGUUAGAACUUUUAAAUAAACUGAUUUUUGGGAGGUAUUGGUGUGCAGGUAAACAGGCUCUAUGUGUCAAGAUUCAAUAAUUCUAUUAGUGUAUAAAAAAAACAAAAAACAUUAAUACAUAAAACACUCAUAACAAAAAGUUAUUCCAUACUGAUGUGACAAUAGAGCUGUUUUGUUUGUAGUCCAUAUUCAUGGAAGAUAAUUGGCAAUUUCGAGCUACGGGUUCCCUCAGUGCAUUUUUAUAAUAGUAGUUUUCGAUUUAUGAGUAAUGUUUGUGGUUAAUAUUACUUGAAUGGAUUUUCAUGUUUUGUUUUACACAUAGGCAUACUGCGUACUUAAUGUAAAACAAAAUGUGAAAGUCUCUUCCAAGUAAUGUUAAUCAGAGACCUUAUUUCACAAAUAAAAUGAAAAUGUAUAUUCUAAAAACCCAUUAUAAAUUCAAGAAGGUGAAAUAGCCUUAAGGUUUGGCCCACAAAUUGACGUCAUUACUGAACAGCUCUAUAUCAUAUGAAAAUAAUAGAGCUGUCAGAAUGAAAGUGUUAACUCGUUCGAUUAAAGUUUAACGCAUCAAUUAAACGCGAUUAAUGCAUUUACUGUUAAUACAGCCUAAAUACACAUUUAUGCGGAACCUUAGUAAUGUGUCCGCCCAGAGUCAUUACACUGACACACAUGCCACAGCACCAGAGCCCAUCUACCAAUGGGAGCCUAAAAGCUUAGCAUAAAAUAGCAUAAUGCUGUGGACCCAUAGACAUUUUAUGGGUGAAACGGUCUUAACAUGCUAGUUGACCAUUAAGCGCUCUCCUAUGAUUGAGCCGUGGAGGUUAUCUCAGAAAAAUAAAAGGAUCCCUUCAACGCUUCACUGUCAGUGAUAAAAAUUAUAAAGAUUGCAGCUCUUAACACUACUUUGAUGUACCAACCAAGCCCAGAUUGGACAUCAAGAAAUCAAGUAUUUUUCAGCCUAUGUAAGACUAUGUAUGAAUUACCACAGAAGCACACCAAAUCUUAACUAUCAACAAAAAUCAGAAUGAGACAUUUAUAUUUGCAGCCCUUUUCAUGGCGAGUUCAAUCCACGAUGCUGGCGUUCAUGCUCUAAAGCAAAUCAUAAAAGCAGCU